AUGGCAGAGAUGAGGCCGGGAACAGCGACGGGGCAGCAGCUCAACGCGCUGCCCGAUCACUCGCCGCUGCUGCAGCCGGGCUUGCAGGAGCUGCGGCGCCGGGCCCGGGAGGCGGGAGCCCCGUUCUCCGAUUUGCCCUUCCCCGACGCCUUCCUGCUGCGGUUCCUACGCGCUCGGGAUUUCGACCUGGACUUGGCCUGGCGGUUACUAAAAAACUAUUAUAAAUGGAGAGCAGAGUGUCCAGAAAUAAGUGCAGAUCUGCACCCCAGAAGUAUUCUUGGCCUUCUGAACGCUGGCUACCAUGGAGUUCUGAGAUCAAGGGACCUCACAGGCAGUAAAGUUCUUAUUUAUCGAAUUGCCUGCUGGGACCCAAAAGUUUUUACAGCUUAUGAUGUAUUUCGUGUAAGUCUAAUCACAUCGGAGCUUAUUGUUCAGGAGCCAGAAACUCAGCGGAAUGGAGUCAAGGUUAUAUUUGAUCUGGAAGGCUGGCAGAUUUCUCAUGCUUUACAAAUUGCUCCAUCUGUAGCCAAGAAGAUUGCUGCUGUACUUACAGAUUCCUUUCCACUGAAAGUUCGUGGCAUACAUUUUAUAAAUGAGCCAGUAAUUUUUCAUGCUGUCUUUUCCAUGAUUAAACCAUUUCUGACCGAAAAAAUUAAGGAACGGAUUCAUAUGCAUGGGAACAAUUACAAGCAAAGUUUACUUCAGCAUUUCCCCAAAAUUCUUCCUCUCGAAUAUGGUGGUGAGGAAUUCUCCAUGGAGGACAUUUGUCAGGAGUGGACAAAUUUUAUCAUGAAGUCCGAAGAAUAUCUCAGCAGCAUUUCUGAGACCAUUUAG